AGAGCAAACAUUAGGAAGGCCAUGAUUAAAGAGCGCAUGUUAAUGACUUGGGAAAUGAUACCCAAUUAGUCAUAGUAGGGCCAUUAGGCCAUAAUUUUAGCGUUUGCCUAGCAUGCCAGGUGAUGGUUGAGACUCAGGGGAAAACAAAAACCUUUCCAAUUUUUAUGACAAGACUCGUGAUCCACUCGAGCUCCUUCAACGUGUAAAGCUACCCCUCUCUUUAGGACGAGGAGGACGAAAAGGAGAAAGACAAAUAAAGGGUGUUGUCAUACCAACAGAACAACCAGGACGCAAUAAAUUAUUGCUUGCCAUGAUCAGAUGAUGCAGACUUAACCACAAGAGGCACGGGAUGAUUUUUUUCCCCGUCAAUUCUGGGCCACACCCUCCAACUCUUGAAAGGGUUGAAUUUUCUCAUUUUCUUUGGCUUUUUUGAUGCUAAAGACACGAAAGAAAUGCUCUUCGUUCCGAGUUCGGGUCAGGAAGUGUCGACUACCAAGAAAUGAUGGAUCGAUUCCGGCAAAUAAGCCGGAAUAUCUAUUCGGUGUUCGUAGAACAGGAAUUGAAAAAAGGAGAGGGAACAAGUACGUCAAUUAUUAAUCCAUGCAGUGGCAUUUCAAAGACGAACAUGCAAUGGUGGGACUACAGAUCUUAUUUGGUUGCUACAAGCGUAAAACGACACGGAAAAUGUGAAUUCAAAUUAUCUCAUGUUUCUUUGUAGAAUGUUUUGUCAGAACAAGACCUCGUCUGACAUCAAAAUCGAAAGCACCGAAGUUCCUCGAAAAGAUAACGAGAUUUCCGAAGAUGUCAAGUCCGAACCCACUCAAGAAAAAGUUGGAGAGGCGUUCCUACUGGAGGACGAAAACUCCCAGUCAUCCCCUCCUUCAUCCUCGCCUCGAUCUCAGGAGGUCAAAUUGGGCUUCUCAAUUGCCAAGAUCAUGGGAUUUGAUGGACGGACACUAAAUGAGGAGUCGGCCAAGGACAAAGAGGACGAGGGCGAUGAUGAGGAUGAAGAAUAUGGCACUGAAGAUGCUGACGAGCAAUCCUCCACACGCCCCAAGAUCUGGCGACCCCAGCCUUUUCGUGAUUAUACAAUGGGGAUUUUCGACCCGGCCUUGGCCCAACAUUCGGUGCGACCUCCCUCUGGUGGAGUGAGCUCCUCGGCUAUUAGUCUUCUACGCCAAUACUCCAUGUUCAAUAACUUUUCCGGCUCUUGGCGACCUCCCUACUCCCCUCGAGAUGGCCACCAAUCUGGUCCGUCGUCGUUGUUGGCCAAGAAUGAGAAUGGACCGGUUCGUCGAACACCGCCGGGAGUAGUGGUUGAAGAGGAGGAAGACAAAGCCAAGCCCAAGACUUUUCCUUGUCCCGAAUGUGGCAAGAUCUUUAAUGCUCAUUACAACCUCACUCGGCACAUGCCCGUCCACACAGGAGCGCGACCAUUUGUUUGCAAAGUGUGCGGUAAGGGCUUCCGACAGGCCUCGACACUUUGCCGUCACAAGAUUAUCCAUACGGACGAAAAGCCGCACAAAUGUCAGACCUGUGGUAAGGCGUUCAAUCGGAGUUCCACCUUAAAUACCCACAUGAGGAUUCACCAGGGGUAUAGGCCGUUCAUUUGCGAGUUCUGUGGCAAGGGGUUCCACCAAAAAGGCAAUUACAAGAACCAUCGCUUGACUCAUUCCGGGGAGAAGGCCUACAAGUGUCACAUCUGCAACAAAGCCUUCCAUCAGAUGUACAAUCUCACCUUUCAUAUGCACACCCACAACGAUCAAAAGCCAUUUACUUGCAAAGUUUGUCAGAAGGGGUUCUGCCGCAAUUUCGACCUCAAGAAGCACGUUCGCAAGCUUCACGAGAACUAUCCCGGACUCCUAUUCGAGAAUGGCAGCGUCGCGAGCGGAGAUUCCAGUCCAAGCUCCACGGAGGGCGGGACCUCGUCUUCCUUUUAUCUGGAGGAAGAAAGCAGCUUUCUCGGAGACCCCAACACCAAGCAAGCAGGAAGUCGGAUUCCAUCGUCGACGAGACAAGAAUCCCCCCUGUUCGAAACGAGCCAGACGAUCACAAGUCAGAGUCGUCACUCCUCGUCUUCAUCGUUUUCCACUGCAGAGACACUAGCCACACCGUCUUCGAGGGCCCUUGAACGACAAAGCAUCAUGACCCUUUCGAGCCCUGGUGAGAGCUAUUCUUCGCCGCCAACUUUACGACAUCACCCUCUCCUGUCAUCCUCCACUGCAGCAACAUCAAUAGUAUCCUCCCCUACCCUUUCGCAUGGGGAAAUCAGAGGAAGGGAAGUAAGGGGAGGAGGCGGUGGUGGUGGUCUGUCACUCACAGAUAUCAUGACGGCAAGCUCUCAACCACAAUUGCAGUCUCACGCUAAUCUUGGACCAUCUCAACCAAGAUCAACAGGGUUCUUUAACUCGGCGGCCAAUUGGUUGCGAAUGGCCAUGGCUCACCAGCAGCCCCAGGUCUUGCCCCCACAAGCUGCCAUGAUGGCUGCGGCUGCGGCCGCCGCGGCUUACUCUAGUCACAAUCUCUUGAAGCCCAAUCCUUCUUUGGAGAUGCGAUCGAGUCUGCUUCCUUUGCCUCCGAAUGACAUCGUGUUUCCAAGUGGACCUCCGCCCAGAAGCGGGGUCCACAGCCAUCAUCAUCACCAUCAUCAUCAGUCUCUGCCUAGUCAUAUGAUUCCAUGAAUCGCCCAACGCCGACCAUCAACCUCAAGCACUCACUCACGGUUAUUAAUCAUGCAUGCAUGCAUUCCCAGAAAACUCUUCUCAGAGCUGCCAGAAGAUUAUGACCUUGGACCUUCUUCGCCGGGCUCUCUGACUCUCUUUCGUUAUUCUGCCAUAUUCAAAUGUGACCGUCAAGGAAUAAAGGAAAUCUUAAAAUCUCAUUAUCCCAGCCAAGCAUCCUAUGUAGAUGCUCUCCAUCGCGUCUGGUGG